AUGUCAGAAAUAUCAUUUAAAGAUAAGGUUGUUGUCGUUACCGGAGCCGGAGGUGGUCUUGGUAGGGAAUACUGUUUAGAAUACGCUAAGAAGGGCGCCAAAGUUGUUGUCAACGAUUUAGGCGGAUCUCUUAAGGGAGACGGUGGUAACUCAAGCGCCGCAGACGAUGUUGUUAACGAAAUCAAGAAGGCCGGUGGAAUUGCCGUUGCUGAUUACAACAAUGUGUUAGACGGGGCUAAAAUUAUUGAAACCGCCGUCAAGAACUUCGGUACUGUGCAUAUCAUUGUCAACAACGCUGGUGUUUUAAGAGACGCUUCGCUCAAGAAGAUGCAAGAAAAGGACUUCAAGUUUGUUGUUGACGUGCAUCUUAAUGGUGCCUACAAAGUGACACAAGCUGCAUGGCCAUAUUUCAGAAAACAACAAUACGGUAGAGUUAUUAACACAGCUUCUCCAGCUGGUUUGUACGGUAACUUUGGACAAGCCAAUUACUCCGCUGCUAAGUUAGGGUUAGCUUCGUUUGCUGAAACCUUGGCUAAGGAAGGUGAGAAAUACAACAUCAAGGCCAACACCAUUGCGCCACUUGCUAGAUCAAGAAUGACUGAAUCAAUCUUACCUCCACCAGUUUUGGAACAAUUAUCGCCUGCUAAGGUUGCCCCAUUGGUAUUAUACUUGUCCAGUGACGUCAAUGAAUUGAGCGGUCAAAUCUUUGAAGUGGCUGCUGGAUUUUACGGCCAAAUCAGGUGGGAAAGAUCUGGUGGUGUUCUUUUCAAGCCAGAUGAAACAUUCACUGCUGAAGCUGUUGCCAAGAGAUUCAACGAAAUUAUGGAUUUUGAUGACUCAAAGAAGCCGGAAUUGUUAAAGAACCAACAUCCAUUUAUGUUGAACGAUUACAAGUCAUUGAUAACUGCUGCAAAGAAAUUACCAGCUAAUGACUUAUCUGGUGCUCCAAAGGUUUCCUUAAAGGGUAAGGUUGUUUUGAUUACCGGUGCUGGUGCUGGUUUAGGUAGAGACUACGCCUUAUGGUUCGCUAGGUACGGUGCUAAGGUCGUUGUUAACGACUUCAAAGAUCCUUCUAAGGUUGUGGAUGAAAUUACCAAGAAUGGUGGUGAAGCUCAUGGUGAUACGCAUGAUGUCGCUUCCGACUCGCAAGCUAUCAUUGAUAACGUAAUUAACAAGUACGGUACCAUUGACAUUUUAGUCAACAAUGCCGGUGUGUUAAGAGACAAGUCUUUCGCCAAGAUGAGUGAUGCUGACUGGGAAAUUGUCCAAAAGGUUCAUUUAUUUGGUACCUUUAACUUAAUCAGGUUAGCAUGGCCACACUUCAUGGAAAAGAAGUCUGGUAGAGUUGUCAAUAUUACUUCUACAUCAGGUAUAUACGGUAACUUCGGUCAAGCUAAUUAUUCCUCAGCUAAGGCUGCUAUCAUUGGUCUUUCUAGAACCCUUGCUAUUGAAGGUGCUAAGAACAAUAUUAAGGUCAACGCUGUUGCUCCACAUGCAGAAACUGCUAUGACUUUAACUAUCUUCAAUGAGGAUGACAAGAACUUGUAUCACCCAGACCAGGUUGCUCCAUUAUUGGUCUAUUUAGCCUCUGAUGACGUUCCUGUAACAGGUGAAUUAUUCGAAGUCGGUGGUGGCUGGAUAGGUAACACCAGAUGGCAAAGAGCUAAGGGUGCUGUUUCAAAGGAUGAGCACACUGCACCUGAAUUCAUUAGAGAUAAUAUCAAGGAUGUUAUUGAUUUCUCAGCUGGUACCAUCAACCCAAAAUCUGCUCAAGAAUCAUCUAUGGCCAUCUUUAGUGCUAUUGGUGGUGACGAAGAUGAUGAUGAAGAUGAAGAUGACGACAGUGAUGAUGAGGAUGAUAUUAGUGAAAGAACUUACACUUACGGUGAUAGAGAAGUUAUCUUAUACAACAUUGGUAUUGGUGCAAACUCUCAUGAAUUGAAAUAUGUUUAUGAAAAUGACAAUGAUUUCCAAGUUAUCCCAACCUUUGGACAUCUUGUUACUUUCUUAUCGGGUAAGUCUACACACUCCUUCGCUAAGUUGUUAAAGAACUUCAACGCAAUGUACUUGUUACAUGGUGAACAUUAUCUUAAAGUCGAGAAAUACCCAAUUCCAACUGAAGCUUCAAUGUUAACCGAGUUCAAGCCAAUUGCUGUUACUCAAAAGGGUACUAAUAGUAUUGUCGUUCACGGUUCCAAGACUGUUGAUGCAAAGACUGGAGAACUUCUUUUCACAAACGAAGCUACUUAUUUCAUCAGAAAAUGUGAGGGUGAAACCAAGGUUUACGGUGACAGAAAAUCAUUUGCUACUAAGCCAUUCAAUGCUCCAAGUUCUCCUCCAGACUUUACUACUGAAGUUAAGAUCAGUGAACAUCAAGCAGCAUUAUACAGAUUAAGUGGUGACAGAAAUCCAUUACAUCUUGAUCCAGAAUUUGCUAAGGGUGCCAACUUUGACAAGCCAAUUUUACACGGUAUGUGUACCUAUGGUAUGUCUGCUAAGGUCUUAAUGGAUAAGUUUGGUCCGUUCGACGAAAUUAAGGGUAGAUUUACUGGUAUUGUCUUCCCAGGUGAAACUCUUAAGGUUUUUGCCUGGAAACAAGGUGAUAUUGUUACCUUCCAAGUCCACGUUGUUGAAAGAAAGACUAUUGCAAUUAACAAUGCCGCUAUCAAGUUAAUUAGUAACAAGGCUAAGAUCUAA